UAUAACUCUCCUGUCGCGCGUAUAUUAUUAUUUUUUUGAAAUGAUAUUUACUUUUGCUAAUGUCAUAAACAAACAUUCUAAUAUUACGCUCAAAAUAAUCUACUUUGUGGAAAUGUCAUACAAGUGAAAGAAACAAUAAAAACAAUAGCGCUUUAUAUCAAAUUGACACAAUGGGGCAAACUUUAUCAGAACCCGUAACAGAAAAGCAUUCCGCUUUUUGCCGAAAUGAAAUUUACAAAGUUGGAUCAAGCUGCAUGCAAGGAUGGCGAAUUAAUAUGGAAGAUGCCCACACUCAUAUAUUAUCCUUGCCUGACGAUCCAGGUACUGCCUUUUUUGGUGUAUAUGAUGGACAUGGAGGAUCUAAAGUAGCUCAGUAUGCAGGAAAUCAUUUACACAAAUUUGUGUUGCAAAGAUCUGAAUUCAAAACAGAUAUAGUUACUGCUAUGAAACAAGCAUUUCUUGAUAUUGACUCAGAAAUGUUAGUGGAUGUUGACUUAAAGAAUGAAUUGUGUGGUUCAACAGCAAUCACAAUUAUUAUUAAAGACAACCGAUUGUAUUGUGCAAAUGCAGGUGACUCUCGUGCAAUAGCCAGUAUUGGAGGAAAAGUAGAAGUAUUAUCCUUAGAUCAUAAACCAGGUAAUGACACAGAACUGCAAAGAAUAAUUGCUGCUGGUGGUUGGGUUGAAUUCAAUAGGGUCAAUGGAAAAUUGGCUCUAUCGAGAGCAUUAGGUGACUUUUCAUAUAAACAAAAUUCUAAGAAAUCUCCAGAGGAUCAGAUUGUAACUGCUUAUCCUGAUGUGGAAGUACGUGAUAUAACAGAAGACUGGGAAUUUUUGGUUUUAGCUUGUGAUGGUAUAUGGGAUGUUAUGACAAAUGAAGAUGUCGUAGGUUUUGUGAGACAUAGACUAGGAAUAGGUUUGGAACCUGAAGAUAUUUGUGAACAGUUAAUGUCCCGUUGUCUGGCACCCGAAUGCCAAAUGGGAGGACUCGGAUGUGAUAAUAUGACUGUUGUUAUAGUCUGUUUUCUACACAAAAAGCCUUACGAAGAGCUUAUUUCAAAAUGCGCUAGUAGAAAAUCAUCACUAGAAUUUGAAAAUUUGUGCUAGUAGAAAAUUAGUUAUAUUUAAAUUUAAAAUUAUUUGGAAAUAACUGAGAGUUAUCACCUUUUUAAUAUAACACCAGAAA